AUGUAUCUUCUCGAUAUGAACAACCUUGUUACUUCGGACCUGGAUUUAAUCAAACAAGUUUUCAUUAAGGAUUUUGUUCAUUUCCCAACACGUUCCGGCUUUCCGAUUACUCAAAAUAAAAAGAUUAUACAAAAUAGUUUGCUUAGAAGCAUGGUUUCGGUUGUUCAAGGUGAUGAUUGGCGACGUGUUCGUAAUACUAUAACGCCAGCUUUUACUGCAGCUAAGUUAAAGAAGGUUGGAAAAUGA